CGCCAGCCGCCACCGCACGACAUUAACGCACCGGCCGCCGAACCGUGCGCCCGUGACACGCGCUCGCUCCGAUCGAAAGUUUUCCGCGCCGUCCGCGAUGAACGCGUCCAGUUGUAGUGCGUGACCGUCGAUCUCUAAUCACUAGUGGUUCACGUAGUACACCUUACUCUCGCGAAUACAAUCUAUAGUAUAUUGUAAUCGUAGACGUAUACCUACAACGAUCGUCUUGGCCACAAACGGGGAGGAAAAAAAAUUUUAAUAAAAUAAGACAAAAAAUGACGCUGAGCUGGAAGAUUGGACGCAGUAUUUUUCCAACAAUAUACAAUGCCACGUAACCAUGAAGCCCUUACCGUUCAUGAUCCAUGUACUGCUGAUACUGAUAUUCAUAACCGUAAAUAAUUAUGGCAAUUGUAGACCACAAACGGGACAGCCAAGUCAACCUCAAGCCGGAUCGCCUCUGGACUCGAACAUCGGCAACAACAAUAAUAAUAACAACAACAAUAACAACAACAACAGCGCCAUAUCGCGACGUGGUUGGCGGGGCGAAUGGCGGCGAACUGAUCCGGGCACGGUGUACAGUUACAUAUGGAAGAGCAGUGAUCAGCCACUCGGCAAAGCCGAGCUGUACAUAAUACUUGCCCUGUUGAUCGGCAUGGCCACCGUCAUAGUCGGCUGCUGGCUGUCGGACAAUUGUUGGUCACCCGAACCGGAACAACACUACACGAUAGCGUGGCACGACCGGCACCGAUGGAUAUGAGCUCGUCCGCGGCUGUCGUUCCGAACGGCGAAUAGUAAUAAUACAAUAAUAAUAAUAAUAAUAUUAAUAAUAAUAAUGGAUAAAACAUUUCGAUUUACAUAUUUUUGACCUCGCGUCACUCUACAAUAUACGCGUCGUGUAGAAUCGUCGACCGAAGACACUAUUUAAUCGUAAAUCAUCGUAGACCGAACGACAACAACAGUAUAUAAUGAUAUAAAUAUAACAAUGAUUAUCGUUCGGAAGCGAUGGGUAAUUAAUUAAUAAUAUGGAAAUUUGUGUUAUCGGAUCGUAACGGUUUCUAAUGGAGAUUUAUCGAUAUCCGCAAAAAAAAAAAAAAUUGACUUUUGUUUUGUUGUAUAACAAAUUAUUGUAUUUUCAGUCGAACCAACCAACCACCGACCGAUGUUACGCUUGUGUGCCAUACUCAUAAACACGCAAUUAAUAUAACACAGAUUUUUUUUUUUACUUAUUUUAAAUUACAUUUGUUGAAAAUAAUAUUGUACGGUUAUAACUGAUAUCAUAACUUAUAAUAAUUCACAUCAUUGGCGAAAUGUUUACGUGUAUAACUAACAUUGGUCUUAAACUCUUUAGGCGUCUUCGAAGUGAAAACGUUGAAAUUAAUGUUCGAUAACUGUUAAAUUCCUGCAUCGAAUUUACGAUCGUCCAACGACAUGAAUUAAAUCACUACUUGAACAUAAUAUCAAGUGCGGUGUUGUUUUUUGUUUUUAUAAUAUCAUUAUGUUAGCGGUGUUGUCGAUAUUAUAAAUCUGAACUUUUUUUUAACAUGUACAUAAAACGUAUCCUAUUAUCCAAUAAUGAAAUCCUUAUUUUUUUUAAACUCUGUGUAUAUUAUAAAGUGACCCAUACAACCUUACGUUAUGUUGUGAACUUACGUUAUAUCAUAAUAAUAUGUAACCUAUUAUAAUAUAUACACAUGCAUUUGACCUUUUGGACGUGCAUUUUUCCUUCUAGUUGUCAAUUAUUUACAUGAUAUACAUAAUAUGUAUAUAUAUAUAUUAUUCUAUAAUCAUUGAUUGUGUAUACAUUUUUGUUUUAAGCCUUUUAUUAACUGUCAAUUACUUACAAAACGAAAGACAUUAGUAUCAAAUUUUUAAUAGACUAGGAAAAAUGUGUUGUUAUUAAUUUUGAACACAAUUGCAUAGCAAAAGUAUAAAUAUAUUAUAUUAUUCUAGUUAGGUAUUUAUAAAAAUAUACUAUACUGAAUAGAAUAACUAUUAUUAUUUACUUGAAUCAAUUUUCGUUUUUAAAUAUACAAUGAAAUGUGUUCACUAAAAACAAUAUAGAAACAAUAUAUACAGUUUUUAAUUUCCAAAUCAUUGUUUAUAAAAUAAUAUUUACAACCUAUUGUUUACAAUAAUGUAUGUGUUAAUAAUUUAUGACAAAAUAUGUCAUGAUGAAACGCUAAUAAAAUAUAAAAAAAUAUAUGCUUACUUCAAGUUGUGCCCAAAUUAAGUUGUAAAUCUAUUUACGACUAUAGAAUAUUUGCCGAAAAUAUAGUUAAUAUAUUAUAUGAAAAAAAAACAAUAUCGUAUUAAUGUGCGUGUAUAAAAUAUAUAUUUUUUGUAAUGUAGAAAAAAAAAAAGUUCCUGACUCCUUUUAAUGGUAACAUUUGGUAUGAGUUAUAACUAAUAUUAUUAUUGUUUGUAUUUUAGAUUAAUUUUUAUAAUAUUUCCUACGUAUUAAUUAUAGAAAUUAUACAUAAAAAACAUAAUUUAGGGUCCAAAUUUAGUAUAGGACAGUUUUUCAUAAAAACUAAAAAAAAACAUGAAUAUCGUACAUAAUAAUAAUUAUUGUGAAUUGUAAUUAGCAUAUUAUAUAUUAUUUAUCAAUUAAGUUAUACUUGUUUAAAAUGUAUUUAAAAAGCAAAAUAAACAAUUAAUAAUAUAGCCACAAAUUUAGAGAACAAUUGCAUUUUUCUCUUGACACCUAUCCUCAACACUUGAAAACCAAAUAAAUACAAAGGU